AUGCUCAGCACCUGGAGUCGAGCUAUUCGCUUUAGUGACGCGCUUGCUGUGUACAGUCAUUUCCCCGAUGAUCCACGAUGGCAGCUUUUACCCACUCCUCUAACACUAACUCAAUUUGAAAGUCUCCCUUUGACGAGAUCGCAAUUCUUCAAAUGUGCGAUGGAUUUUCUGGAUCAGCACCACGGAGUGGUGUGCACCCGUGAUGGUCACUUAAGGAUGACGCUUGGAUUUUGGCGCCCUGGAGCGUUCACAUACAAGCUGCAAUAUAUGACAUCAAGUGCCGGGCAUCCUCAUCCUGAGACAUUGUCUGCCAAUCCGGUCGAUUUGUCUGACCGUGCUCCUAACGUGGAUAUUGAAUUGAAGAACUUCCUGCUUCAAGAGACUACGGAGAACAGACUUAAUUUUUAUUUCCGUUUACCGUUAUCCGGUAUAUACUAUCUGACUAUUUACGCACAGGAAAUAUCAAAUAUUUCUGUUGGCCGAGAGAGCACAUUUCGUGCGGCGUGUGAGUACAAAGUCGUCUGUGAUUCGCCCGCCGCAGAAGCCCAACCAUAUCCAACCUGCCAUGAUGCCAAUUGGGGACCUGCUUGGCCCCAUGUACAACACUACGCUCUGGAACCCACCCGUACGGACGGCGUCAUUAACGUGACCGCUAAAGCCGAUCUGGCUAAACCCGCGGGGGAUAGAACACCCCCUCCUGCCACUGUCGACAUUUGCUUUGGCAAACGGCGUCCUGAAGUGAAUUUGUUGGCCAAACUGCAUAAAAACGAUUUGGCUGAUGAUUACCUCGAUCAGUAUCAACGUGUCACUGAAACUGCUCGUGAAACCGCAUUCCACAUAACUUUACCCGAGCCCGGUGAAUAUGGGUUGGAAAUAUACGCCAACGAGCCUGAUGACGGUGACACAUACACUCAUAUGUGUCAGUAUCUGCUAUACUACGAACCUCCCCCAGGCUGGCGUCCAGUUCCUCGUCUAACCGCUUCCGGUGCUGAUGCCGGCCCCUCGCCCUAUGCUCCACAUCCCUGGCGCCAAUCUGAAGCUAAGGGUGAUCACAUCUCAUCCUCAACGCUUACCGAGGCUUCGAAAAGGCCUUCUAUGAUCACCAGACCUUUGCAUGAUAUGUACAACUACGAACUUUACGCUCCGCCCAUGGGACAUCUUCCACGGCCAUACGCCGAAUCCCAGUACGCACAGGUGUUCCCAACUUCGAAAUCGGAUAAGAACAUCCCAAAUCAACGUCUCCCAGCUGCUGGUGGUCUUCCCACUCAGCCGUCAUCCACGCAGUCCCAUUUACUCCAUUCGGGCUCUGAUCGCUCCUCAGCUCCUUUGGCAUCUUCGACGGAUGAGUCCACUUACCGUCUGCCUAAAUUGUUGCAGAGCGUUCGACUGAGUCAGCCCCACAUUGAAUCCGGAUCUGGUGCCGGUCUCACUGAGCCCAGCGACCGGUUUACUCAGGCUCAAGACAAAGGAUCCACUGACACUCAAGUGGAAAAUCCAACCAGAGGCUGUCUGUUGCUUCGUGGUCAAAUGAAGUUUAUGUCAGAAUGGGACGCAAUUGCAUUUUUGGGAACUCCAACCAUGGAAAAUGUGGAUGCGAUGUGGGACAUUGGGCUAUUUCUGAAUGACUUAAGCAUGCAUGACUCCAGUCGGGACAUGGUGCUUGCCGGAGAACAACAGGCUGCCGAACUUAAGUUGGCACUAGAACAGGAAAGUGUGAAAAGCAAACGACUGGAGGAAAGUCUUCAACGCCUAGAUGAAGAAAUGAGACGAACGGAUGAACUUUUGUACCAGAUGAUACCCAAGGCAGUUGCGCAACGUUUGCGUAAGGGUGAAGCUGCCAUUGACACCUGUGAGGCUUUCGAUAACAUCACACUGCUAUUAAGCGAUGUGGUGGGCUUCACGGCCAUCUGCAGCGGCCUCUCACCUCUGGAAGUUGUCAGUCUACUAAACUCCCUCUACUCAUGCUUCGACGCGCUUACAGAGAAGCACAAGGUGUAUAAGGUUGAAACCAUUGGGGAUGCGUACAUGAUCGCCUCCGGAUGUCCGGGCCGAACUGAAUACCAUGCUCCACUGAUGGCCGAAAUGGCGUUGGAGAUGAUCAAGUCGAUAGAGAAGGUCAAGGAUGAGUCAACCGACCCACCGCAAAGUUUGCGGAUACGCGUGGGUUUACACACGGGCCCAGUUGUUGCCGGGGUGGUUGGUGUGAAGAUGCCUCGCUACUGUUUGUUUGGAAGCACCGUUACGACCACCGAGCUGAUGGAGAGCACCAGUGAGAAAAAGAUUCGAACUAUAAAUGCAAUGGGUCGGUUCUUUACCCGUAACCUAUUACUUGCAGGUGGUAUAUUCAGUUUCUUUACUAGAUUGUUUGGUGCCAGAGAGAGGAGAAUACUUAUUCUUGGACUCGACGGGGCCGGAAAAACCACGAUUUUGUACAGACUGCAAGUCGGAGAGGUUGUUACUACAAUCCCUACCAUCGGAUUUAACGUUGAAACGGUAGUUUACAAAAACCUGAAAUUUCAAGUUUGGGAUCUCGGUGGUCAGACGAGCAUCAGACCAUACUGGCGUUGUUACUACUCCAACACUGAUGCCAUUAUCUAUGUGGUGGACAGCAUGGAUCGGGAUCGCGUCGGCAUUUCGAAACAAGAGCUUGUCUCUAUGUUGGAGGAAGAAGAACUGUCCUCAGCGGUCCUGCUUAUUUUGGCCAAUAAACAAGAUAUUCCCGGAUGCAUGACAAUCAGCGAGGUGGCCGGUUCUCUCGGUUUGGCUGCGAUUAGAAAUCGUCGUUACCAGAUAUUCAAGACCUCUGCAUUGAAAGGAGAGGGGCUGAAUGAAGCAAUGGAUUGGUCAUGUUCGACUGAUAGAUUGAUUGUCCCAUAUGGAUCCCAAAAAUAUAGUCUUCGUAUUCAUUAUCACUGAUAGAAUAGCAUGCGCUGGCAUAAACACCACACAUCGUUCUGGAUUGGCCAUGUGAGUAAAUCCGAUGAUCUUGAAGUAUCUACAUCAAAUCCAACCCCGCUUAUUCUCACUUAAUCGUUCUAACACGCGAAGCCCAGGCGACAAAAGUGUCACUCUAUACUUUGUGUGCCAUUACAGU